GUCAGACUCGGUCACGAGCUAGCAUUCGGUGUCUCUGCGUUCAAUAUGGAAAGUAUUCCAGCAGCAGAGUCUGAGCCAAAAGCUGCAAAUCGCGCAAGAUUCGAGCUGGAGCUCGAAUUCGUCCAAGCGCUCGCCAAUCCAUAUUAUCUGCACUCGCUGGCCCAACAGAACAUCCUCGACCAGCCUGCAUUCAUAAACUACCUCAAAUACCUUUUGUACUUCAAGGAGAAAGACUAUGCACGCUUCAUCCAUUAUCCGCAUGCACUCCAUCACUUGGAACUCCUCCAACACCCGCAAUUCAGAGCUCAGAUGCGUCAGGAUGAGUUCAGAGACUUUCUACAUCAGAAACAAUUCGACCAUUGGCGUACAAAUAGGAAUGGUAUCGAGGCGAAGAAGGAGGACUCGGCGUAG